AUUAUUAGAUCAUCCUAUUCUUCAGAUUAUGCAAGAAAUUGAGGGAAUCUGCGUCUGUAAUGUCUCCUCCUCGAGAAGAAGCUCUCCCUACUGACAAAACAUUUCCAUCUUUUUAACGUUGGAAGCAGCUGAAGAUACAAAUUUCUGCUAAAAUUCCCCCUUUUGGUCCGUAAGUCUUAGCAACGAGGAGGCAGAAGAACAAGAAGAAGAGACGCAGAGAGAGAGAGAGAGAGAGAGAUCUGCAGCAGAUGAGAUGGUGAACGGCAGAGGGGCCUUCCAAUUCCAUUCAAGAAGGGCCAAGCUCUCCAGGAAGCUCCGCUCCAUUGCCAUAUACCUCGCCCUCCUCGUUACGUUCUUUCUGUUCACGCUGAUCUACAUCUCAAGAAAGGGGUUGGAAGGUGACGGGCAGCAGGGGACCGCAUCCGAUGAAAUUCGAUCUGAACGGGUUCCUGAACACGAGGAUGUCUUGCACUCGGAGGUCCAUAUGAAGGACCAACAGCUUUGGGGUACUCCUUUCAGCUUCGGUUUGCAUCCUUGCGUCAAGUCCACUUCUAAAUACAAAGCUGCUCAAGAAACAGAUCGAUAUCUCACUGUGAGGAGCAAUGGAGGAUUGAAUCAGAUGCGGACUGGUAUAUCAGACAUGGUAGCUGUGGCACGCAUAAUGAAUGCCACUCUAAUAAUUCCUCAACUUGAUAGACGCUCAUUUUGGAAAGAUUCAAGUUCAUUUGCGGACAUAUUUGAUGAGGCUCAUUUCAUCAAAAGCUUAGAGGGAGAUGUGAGAGUCAUGAAGGAGCUUCCCGUGGGAAUAGAAUCUAUUCCUCAUGCUCGUAGGCACUUUGGUUCAUGGUCCAGCAUGGGCUACUAUGAGGAAAUGUCACAUUUGUUCAAAGAUUAUCAGGUCAUCCAUGCACCCAAAUCGGAUUCCCGACUUGCAAACAAUGAUCUCCCACUUGACAUACAGAGAUUGAGAUGCCGAGCCUUGUAUCAUGCACUUCGCUUCUCUCCCCCUAUCGAGAGCCUAGGAAAGAAGCUGGUGGAGCGGCUGAGAUCAAGAAAUGGACAAUACAUUGCUCUUCACCUUCGGUAUGAGAAAGACAUGCUGUCUUUUACUGGUUGCACUUAUGGUUUGACUAAAGCCGAGUCAGACGAGCUGAGGAUAAUGAGGGAGAGAGUAAGUCACUGGAAGGUUAAGAAGAUAAAUUCAACAGAGCAGCGAAACGAGGGAUCUUGCCCUUUAACACCUAAGGAGGUGGGAAUUUUUCUUCGCACUCUCGGGUAUCCCUCAUCGACAUUGAUUUACAUUGCUGCUGGUGAAAUCUAUGGCGGAAGUGCUCGGCUUUUAGAGCUUGCAUCUCGAUUCCCAAAUCUCAUCUUUAAGGAGACUCUUGCAAGUACAGAAGAACUGGAAGGCUUCAUGGAUCAUGCGUCUCAGACGGCAGCACUUGACUACAUUAUUUCAGUGCAAAGUGAUGUCUUUGUGCCAUCUUAUUCUGGGAACAUGGCAAGAGCAGUUGAGGGCCACCGGAGAUUCCUAGGGCACCGAAGGACAAUCUCCCCAGACAGGAGAAGACUGGUUGAAGUUUUUGAUAAGCUGGAAAGAGGUGAAAUAAGUGAAGGUUCCUCUUUGUCACGUAUUGUGCGGAAGAUGCAUGAGAAUAGGCAAGGGGCUAAAAGGAAAAGGAGGACUGCAACACCUGGGGUUAAAGGCCGAGCGCGUUUCAGGACUGAAGAAUCAUUCUACGAGAACCCGUAUCCCGAAUGCAUUUGCAGUACAAAGAGCCAAUCAUAAACUGCAGAAUCUCUGUAAAUUUUGAAGCAGAAUCUCCGUUCAAGAUGGAUGGAGCCUAAAGGCUGCCCUUUUCAUUAGCGGCACCGGCACCGGUAAGAAGAGGCACCAUGAGGAAUGUCGGGAAAUUUUCUGUUUCGAGGUUCUGUUAGGCUAAUAUUUAUGUUUCUUUGAGACGCUACAGAAGUGUAGCAUUAAAUUUUGGAAAAUUUUAUAUGUUUUGUUGAUUCUGAAAGAACUCUGAAGCUUCUGCAUUGAUGAAUCUGUUGGUACGUGUUUAAUUCAAACAUGAAUCCUGUUGGAGAAAGGGGACUCAGUGUAAUGAUAAUGUCCCUCGAUGUAAAGCCAAGUAAUUUUGAAGAUCA